AUGCUAAUUUCUGUGCAUGUGACCCACCAAAGCAAAGUUUUAGUCAGAUGGACUAUUGUAGAAGCAGAUGAAGGCAAUAUCGGGUUGACAUUUAGUCAAAUCUUCGAUGACUUGAAAGCUGGCCGCAUCGAUGGAGUUGGGCCAUGGCCCUGGUUGAAUAUCUGUGAGCUGGUUGAACCCUUCGACGUGAGUAUCGACAAAGUUUCUGUGGGGAAAAACCCGGAGAAUUUGAUGGCAUGCAGCCCAAUGUUGGUGGCUAACAAAACUUGCAGUAUGUUUGGCAAUUUUGUUCAGUUUUCAAUUAAAAUUGAACAUCCUGAGGACUGUAUUUGCUUGUCUAACGCAACCCAGAGAAAUGUUGUUGUAAACAAUGCGUUUGAAAUGAUGAUGCAAGCUGCGAGGAAGGUUCAGUCAAGGGAGCGAAACAACUUGCCAGACCAAGUCGAACCAAAGAAUCAGAUGGACAAACUCAACAAUGCCAUCAUUGAAUUGUUGAAGAGUAAAAAUCUAGGAUGGGACUCCACCCGACAUUUCAGUUUUGUGUCUAAACUGGCCAAAAUACUGUGGUAUAUUGAUGGACAUCACAUGACGCUGCAAAGCCGUAACAAGAAAAUACCGGAAUUGUUUUCUGCGUUUAGUGGGUACAACCGUCCUGAAUUGAACAAGCACAGAAAACGAACAAUCGAUAAUUUAAAGUUGGAUAUCCUGAAGUCCCAUGUAUGUACGCUGCAGGGUUUUUUGGGUUCUACAUGGAUGGAUCAACCAGCAUGGAGAGAAAUCGAGAUAUUUUUAUUGUCAUUGCAAUGGAAGUGUUGAUAAAAUAUUGCAUCAAUUCAUUUAUAGCUACAAUCACGGACAACGGUGGGACACUUUUAUAUUUGGAAGGUGGGACACUUUUAUAUUUGGAAGGAUAUUUUUGUAAACAAUGGCAAAAAUAACAUGUAAAACCCCCCUCCCCAUCUCAAUGUUGCUGUGUGUUCUUGGAGAGUUAUCAGCAACGCAAUACAACACAAAACUACUUAAAACUAUAAAAUUUCACUUUUAGUCUAUUUAAUACAACAACAUUGAACAGGGGGAGUAUAUUACAGUCUCAGCCUAUAAACUGGUUCCAUGUAUUUUCACUGUUGAAAAAUUGAUCAACUUCCUGUGUGUGUAAAUCGGCCAAUGGCAUUUAAUUUUAGUGACCGAUUGAUUUGUGAACAAGUUUGCCAGCAAACAGAAAGUUGAGAAAUUUUUGAGCAAAUGGAUUGAUGAACUAUAUGUAACAAAUCGAUGUAAUAUUUUAUCAACACUUCCAUUGCAAUCCGAAACAACUAUCCAAAACAAGUGUAGAAAAAUUCCUAUAUUGACACUUGCAAUCAAGCAGAAAUACUCUUUUGCCUCGCUCAGAAUAGCUCAAGUAUUUAUUUUUUUCUGUUAACAAUUUUUAGAGUGCUGUUGCCCAACUAGGAAGCAUAUUGUCUGGAUAUGCAGCAUACCUUGACGAGAAGAACAAAGCCAUGAUUAAGCGUCAUUUUUCCUCAACUCCAGUAAGAUCACUAUCAUCCUCAGAGUCAAUCCACUUUCUCAACAAGCCUAUGUAUGUAGAUGAAAGUUUGUCAAAACUUGGAAGUGCAGUUGAGCAGUCUGAAGAUUUUGUGCCCGUAGUUGUAAGUGAAUUCUGCCCCCCUGACCGAAGGAAAAGAUAUCUCUUCACUCAGCAGCUUAAGAAAGGACUGUCAUCAAAUGCUAACAUUGUCCUUUAUCAGUACAGUACUGGGGGUAAUAUUGGAAAUUCCAACUUUGUGUGGAAAGUGCCAAACCAUUGCUCUGCUGAAGACUUAGCCAAUAGAAACAUGCAAGUUGUUAGAGACAUUGAGAAGGACAUACCAACGUACCAGACCAGAUUUGCAAGGAGGGAAUUCUGUGAAACCUUUGGCAAGUUUAGCGGCACUCCAUCACACAUCCUUAGAGAGAUGUUUAAGCAAUUGACAGGGGAUAAAUCUGCUUCAGAAUACCUCAGUGAAGCACAGAUUGAUGAAAGAGUUAAAACAGCUAUCCUCUCAGAAGAUGACAAAAUUGUUGCUGAUUUGAGACAUUUUAAUGAAAACACCAGUAACAAAUUUGAAGUGUUCUUCAAAGGAGUGGAAACCUAUCUUGCUGACAAAACCGCAGUUCAAGAACGAAGGCACACAGAUAUAACCUACCUUGCAAAAGCUAUAUCAUUCUGUGAUCUGCAUAGUCAAGUUGCCAAAUUGGUUCCUGAGGGUACUGCCAUUCCUUCUAUACAGUGGUCAAAAUAUCAAUUCCAACCACGUCAUCCGCGCACAAAUAAUGCUGGGAAGUAUUACAAAUGUAAGAUGAAAAUUAAGAUGAUGAUUCAGAAGAGGCAGUUCAGAAAAGCUCACCCUGACGAACAUUACUGUGCUGCAAUAUGGUGCUAUAUGCGGGAGUAUGCUGUCUUAUAUCGCGAAAAAUGUCAUCUUAUUAGUCUGGAUGACAAGCAUCGAAUUAGCGUUGGCGAACCAGGGUUUCCAGUUGCGGCAGCUGAAAGAGGAAAACAAGUUCUGGUUGGUCCUAACGAAACCUUUGCAGUUGGUGAUCAUGACUUCACACGCUUCUCAAUUGUACCAAGUGUAAUUUUUCAGGUAAAAUAUAUGUAAGAAGUGCAUGUUGUCCAUGUGUCUUGCAGGGCCUUGGGGUAAAGAAUUUUUUGCAAAUACCAAAGCAUAGAAUAAUUAACAGUUAAUUGCUAACAACCAGAAUACUCUAUUUGUUAAGAGGAAAGCCCUGUAAUAUAUUUUCAAUUUCAGGAGUUAUAUAUAAAUGGUUUUAACUUGUAAGUUAAUUAAUAUAUGACUUAAUUGGUUAUUUUAGAUUCAAAUCCCCUCGACCAUUGACAAGUCAUUCUAUACCGGACAAGUUAACAUUGGUUUUAAAGAAGCUGUAUUCCAGCCUUCUAGUCCAUUAAGACAUGCCACAGAGUUGAAGGAGCUGCUGAAUGACCAAGGCAUGUAUAUUAUUUUGUUUUAAUAGUGCAUAUUUCAAUUUCCAUAUUGAUGGAGAGACAACAUAUGUAUGUUUACUCUUACAGUAUACAUGAAUGUAUUUCUUAUAUUUCCAUUUUAGAAACAAAACCUAUGUUGCUGAUUUACACAGAUGGCAGCCCAGAUCAUCGCCUAACUUACUUGAGUGUCCAGUUGUCUCUGAUUGCCCUGUUUUUGCAGUUAGACCUAGAUGUUUUGAUCGCAGCUCGUACUGCUCCCUGCCACUCAUGGGCUAA